AAAAGGCUUGCUGAUAGGUCUGACGGGGGUGUUCCGAUAUACAUUGGUGGUACUAGUUUUCUCGUCUUACUAAAUAUACAUUUUGACCAAAUAAUUCGUUACUGUUGCCAAGGGAUAUUUUAUAUUGUUGACGAGUUCUCCGAAUGUAAUGAUUGUUUAUAGAACAAAGGAUUUUAAAAGAAUCUUAAGUCGCAAAAGCGGACAGAAGAGAGCGUGAUUUCUGGGCUCAACAAACGGCUCAGGAGGGAAGGAGGAAACGUGGUGCCCGGAUCGUCGCUAAGAUGGCCAACUCGUUAGCGAACGUGACCGUGUCGAGCAUUUUGAAGAACAAGAGUUCUUUCGAGGACGAGCCGCGGAAGAAGAGCCGGGAGGAUUGGCGCAAGGCGAAGGAACUCGAGGAGGCCAGGAAGGCUGGCACGGCUCCGGCUGCUGUCGACGAAGAGGGGAAGGAUAUCAACCCGCACAUACCUCAAUACAUCAGCGCGACGCCAUGGUACUUCGGCGCCCAGGGACCCACCUUGAAGCAUCAGCGUCCGCAGCCCGAGAAGCAGAAGCAGUACAGCUCCAUAAACUCGUGGUACAACCGUGGAGUGGAUAAUUCGAAAGCGGUGGUGGGCAAGUAUCGCAAGAAUGCCUGUGAGAACUGCGGCGCGAUAACGCACAAGAGGAAAGAGUGCGUGGAAAGGCCGCGCAGAGUCGGCGCCAAAAUCACGAAUUCCAAGAUAGCUCCCGACGAGUUCAUCCAGCCUGUGCUGUCCAUGAAUUUCGACGGCAAGAGAGACAGAUGGGCCGGGUACGAUUCGUCCGAGCAUCGAGCCAUUGUGGAGGAACACCAGAAGGUGGAGGAGGCGAAGAGGCAGAUGCGGGCGGAGAAGCUGAAUGCUGAGGUGAACGAUGAGCAGGACUUGGAUAAGGACGAGGAUAAGUACGUGGACGAGGUGGAUAUGCCGGGCACCAAGGUGGACUCGAAGCAGCGUAUCACGGUGAGGAAUCUCCGCAUACGAGAGGACACCGCGAAGUAUCUGCGCAAUCUCGACCCGAACUCGGCGUAUUACGAUCCCAAGACCAGGUCGAUGCGGGAUAAUCCCUACGUCGGCACCGAGCGCGAGGUCGAUUACAAGGAUGAGAAUUUCGUGCGUUUCUCCGGCGACACGCAGCGGCACGUGAACGCGCAACUGUUCGCCUGGGAGGCGCACGAGAAAGGGGUCGACGUGCAUCUGCUCGCCGAGCCGACGAAGCUGGAGCUGUUGAAGCAGGAAUACGAGAAGAAGCGGGACGAGUUGAAGGACAAGACGCGGGACAGUAUAAUCGAGCGGUACGGCGGCGAGGAGCAUCUCGAGGCACCGCCGAAGACGUUGCUGUUGGCACAGACCGAGCGUUAUGUCGAGUACUCGAGGUACGGUAAGAUAGUCAAAGGUCAGGACAGGCAGGUGAUACGAUCCAAGUACGAGGAGGACGUCUACCCGAACAACCACACGUCGGUGUGGGGCUCUUACUGGCAGGACGGCAAAUGGGGCUAUCAGUGCUGUUAUUCCUUCAUCAAAAAUUCCUACUGCACCGGGGAGUCCGGGAAGAAAUCGGUCGAGGCCGCGAUCAGUAACGCGCAAGAUGAAGUAUCAUUUGUGAGCGCCGAAACAGAGGAGAUGGAGGGUAACGAGUCCCGACGAUUAUCGGAUACCGCAGGCAAGGACCGUUCUGAGUCCUCGUCCGACGACGACGACGAAGAUACGAAGAACAAGAUUGAGAGGCAGAGCAAGGCGGCUAAACGGAGAUUGAAGAAACAAAAGAGGAAGGAGAGUCGUAAGAACAGAAGGAAGAUUGAGAAACAGGAGGAUAAGCUGAAGGAGGCGUUGAGAAUGGAGGAGGAAUAUGCGAAGGAGGCGGACAAAUUGUUGAGGAUGGACGAGAGGAAACGUCCGUAUAACAGCAUAUACGAGGCGAAGGAGCCGACGAACGAAGAGAUAGAAGCGUAUCAGAUGAAGCGGAAACGCGAUGAGGAUCCGAUGGCUAAUUUUCUGUAAAAGUUAUCACCGCAUUGUUCGUAACGUUGUGAAUUAACGUUGUAUAUAUUUGUACAGUGAAUUAAUCAAGCGUAACAUUAAGCGAUCGGGCGUGUUUAAGAGAGAAAUAAGAGAUAAUGUACUGAAUAUUAACGUUAAGUUAUUAUAAUCUUAAUAUUUAAAUGAAAUGUAAGUAAAGUGAAAUAUAAAUAUUAGCCUUGA